GCCAUGCAAGCCACAUUCACCAGCAUCAGAGAUUAAUUAGAAACAACCCAGAAAUUAAUCAAUUUCCAAUCUCGCUUUCUCCUGCUCCCCUGUCUCUGUGUGUGCGGGUGGCGGGCGCCGAUCGGCAGACAUAUCGCUAGCGAUGGGAGACGAAAGCAGAGAGGCGUUGAUUAAACGGAGAAAGGGGAUCACGCGCUGCAUAUCCCACGCGCAGGACGAGCUGAAGAGCUUCAGAUCGUGGCUGCGGUGGAUGUGCGUGGACCAAUCGAGCGCGUGGACGGCGUGCCUCUCCUGGUGCCUGUUCCUGCUGCUGGCGGUGGUGGUGCCCGCCCUGUCCCACUUCGUCCUGGCUUGCCCCACCUGCGACUCCCGCCACCACCGCCCCUACGACGCCAUCGUGCAGUUCUCCCUCAGCGGCGUCGCCGUCCUCUCCUUCCUCUGCCUCACCGGCUUCGUCAAGAAGUACGGCCUCCGCAGGUUCCUCUUCUUCGAUAAGCUUUAUACCGAGAGCGAGACCGUCCGCAAUGAAUACACCCUGCAGCUCAAUAGAUCACUGUCCCUGUUACUGGUGUUCGUGUUGCCGUGCUUCGCGGCGGUGAGCGCCUACAAGAUAUGGUGGUACACCUCGGGGGCGUCGCAGAUCCCGUUUCUCGGCAACGUUUACCUGAGCGACGCCGUGGCGUGCGUGCUGGAGCUCCUCUCCUGGCUCUACCGCACCACCGUCUUCUUCCUCGUCUGCGUCCUCUACCGCCUCAUCUGCCACCUCCAGAUCCUCCGCCUCCAGGACUUCGCCCAGGUCUUCCAGGUGGAGUCCGACGUCGAGACUGUCCUCCUCGAGCACCUCCGCAUCCGCCGCCACCUCCGCAUCAUCAGCCACCGCUACCGCUCCUUCAUCCUGCUCGCCCUCACCAUCGUCACCGCCAGUCAGCUCGCCUCCCUCCUCAACACCACCCGCUCCCAUGCCGAUGUCAACAUUUUCCGAGCCGGCGAACUUGCCCUGUGUUCGGUGACAUUGGUGACGGGGCUGUUCAUAAUAUUUCGGAGUGCGACGAAGAUUACGCACAAGGCGCAGGCGGUCACGUGCCUGGCGUCCAAGUGGCACGUGUGCGCCACCAUCGACUCUUUCGACACGGCGGAUGCGGAGACGCCGAGGGCGCCACCUCAGGGCGGGUGCGCCGCCUUUGAUGGCCAGGUUCUUCCUCUCAGCGGAGAGUCGUCAGAUGGGGAGGACGCGGCAGGGGAGGAAGAUGACCUCGACAACACCAAGCUUGUGCCGGCCUACGCCUACAAUACCAUCUCCUUCCAAAAACGACAAGCCCUCGUGACGUAUUUCGAGAACAACAGAGCAGGAAUUACAGUGUAUGGGUUCAUGCUAGACAGAAGUUGGCUUCAGCUUAUUUUCGGAAUUGAGCUCUCUCUCGUCCUCUGGUUGCUUGGCAAAACUGUUGGUAUCUCUUGAUCCAUUUAUUAUUGUUGUGUCCUCUUCCUCACAUACAGAGAGAGAGAGAGAUGUGGAGUGGUGGGAGUUUAAAUCAUUAUAUUUUGUGUGGUGAAGGGAAUGUUCAUACCAGUUUAGAUCAUUAUUGUAUAAUUCAUUUUUUGAUUUUUACAUUUCUUAUUGGUUUCUUGGAGAAUUUUUGUUUUUCAAUUCUAGCUUUUCUGUGUAAAUAAUACCGAUAUUUUUUAUUUUAA